ACCCCUACCCUGAUGUUCGGAGGAGGUACUGGAACGCCUACAUGUUGUUCUAUCAAAAGAUCAGCGACCAGAACUCGCCCGUCCUGCCCAAAAAGAGCCGAGUCAGCAUCAUGAGGCAGGAGGCUGAGGACCUUACACUAUCUGCCCCGUCCUCUCCUGAUGUUUCGCCACAGUCCUCUCCUCGCCCCCCGAGGGCCAACAACGACCGGCUCACCCUCCUCACCCGCCUGGUCCGCAAGGGAGAGAAGAAGGGCCUGUUUGUAGAGAAGAUGCCCGCCAGCAUCUAUCAGAUGGUGCGAGACGAGAAUCUCAAGUUCAUGAGGAACAGAGACGUCUACAACAGCGACUACUUCAACUUCACCCUCUCACUGGCCUCCGUCAAUGCAACAAAGCUGAAGCAUCCAGACUACCAGCCGAUGGCCAAAGAGAGUCUUCAGCUGGCUGUUCACUUCCUGUUUCACACCUACCUGCACACCAAAAAGAAACUCCGGGUGGACACAGAGGAGUGGAUGGCCACAGUGGAGGUGUUGUUGUCAAAGAGUCGUGAAGCGUGUCAGUGGAUGGUGCAGUACCUGGUGGGAUCAGAGGGGCGAGAGAUCACCAG